GAGGGUUAGCCGUGCCCGCCCCCAAAAUCCCAGCCGCCCUGCGAUUGGCUACAGGGACUCUGGCCUGGCCGCGGAUUGGUCAUCGCUGCGGGCUUGAAAGGUGGCUGAGAGCCACAGAGACCUCAGACGGACGUGGUCCGGGAUCAGACAGCGUCUCCGGCGAGCCCGAGACGCGCCCCCAGCCCGCCAUGGCCCGGCUGCUCCGGGCAUCCUGCCUUCUCUCCCUGCUCCUGGCCGGCUUCGUCCCGCCGAGCCGGGGGCAGGAGAAGUCCAAGACGGACUGUCAUGGUGGCAUGAGCGGCUCCAUCUAUGAGUAUGGUGCCCUCACCAUCGAUGGCGAGGAGUACAUCCCCUUCAAGCAGUAUGCUGGCAAAUACAUCCUCUUCGUCAACGUGGCCAGCUUCUGAGGUCUGACGGGCCAGUACGUUGAACUGAAUGCACUACAAGAAGAGUUUGCGCCAUUUGGUCUAGUCGUUCUGGGCUUCCCCUGCAACCAAUUUGGACACCAGGAACCAGGGGAGAACUCGGAGAUUCUACCCAUCCUCAAGUAUGUGCGCCCAGGCGGGGGCUUUGUCCCCAAUUUCCAGCUCUUUGAGAAAGGGGAUGUGAAUGGGGAGAAAGAGCAGAAGUUCUACACUUUCCUGAAGAACUCCUGUCCUCCCACCUCGGAGCUCCUGGGCACAUCUGACCGCCUCUUCUGGGAGCCCAUGAAGGUCCACGACAUCCGCUGGAACUUUGAGAAGUUCCUGGUGGGACCAGACGGUAUGCCCAUCAUGCGCUGGUACCAUCGGACCACAAUCAGCAGCAUCAAGAGAGACAUCUUGGCCUACAUGAGGAGGAAGACGGCUUGGGAGGUCAAGGGGAAAUAACCAUUCCCUGCCCCACCCCACCCCAUGUCCACCACGCAGGGGCUGGGGAGGGCUCUAUUCAGGAAGGAAUCCAUCUCUCCAACCCCACUGCACACCCCCCACAGUCCCAGCCCUAUUACACAAGGCCCCUGCCUGACACAAAUGUGUGCAUACAACUGCGUGUGUGUGCAGCCAUGUGUGGCUGCCUGCUUGAAUGUCCAGGACCAUGUACUAUAAGGUGUGCCACGGCACUGUGCUGUGGGAAGCGUGGAGAACACUGCCUCUUUCCAGUUUUCGAUUCCAAAGACGACAAUUCAUUAUCACCUCAGCCCAAAGAGAAAAAAAAACCCAUUAUUUGGUCCCAUCAUUCUUCUCUAACCUGAACCACAGCCUUGGGGCCAGAAUCUCCACUGACCCUCCCCGCUUCUUUCCAUCCUAUAGGCGUAUAUGGUUCCAGCCCUUUCUCCUUCCUGAAGGGCCUUCCCAAGCCUCCUACCCCCACCCCAUAGUGCUUCCUGAGACCAGUCAAGGCGGAUGUGAGAGCAAGGGCCAUGUUCCCCAUGUCAGGGGUGGCAUCUCCAUGAGGGUGGGGCCCGAAGCCUCUGUAGGCGGACCCCCCCUGAGCCUGUCUGAAGGGCUAGCCCUUUGUGCGUUCGGGUGAGGCCCUGGGCAGGGAUGCCACCCCGGCCCCUUUGGAGGAUGUGCUCCUUCCCCUCACCCUGGUCCAUUGCCCUUGCACUCAUGCCCCUCUCUGCCAAGUAAAGACCCUUCUGCAGCAGUUGA